GCACAGCAGGCGCGGUGGGUUGUGAUGCGGUCACAUUUGUAGCGGACGGACGGAGCGAGUCGUCAGGAUUUGCGGCUCGCUUAAAAACCAGUGGUUUGCGCUGCUGGCUUACAGUUUAACUCGUGAGAGACUCUAAGGAAAGUAGUUUGCAGUCGGAGAAGCAGCAAAACCUUUAAGUUGGAAAAUAAAAGAAGGUCUGGAGGGUUUUUUCGCCCCCUUUUGACAGCUGCGCCGCUGCACCGACAAACAUCAGUGACCGGGAGGUGAGCUGUCACCAUCCAUUCAGCUGUCAGAGGACUGACGAUGACUCCGAGGGGGCUUGACUGGUGGAUCCCCUGCUGACAUCUUUGAUCCCCAGAUUUCCGCUCUCAAACACCCCCGUUUCCCGACAGCUUUUGAGCUGUUGUGCACCCUUUUAUUUUUAUUUUUUGUGGAGCCCCCCCCUCUGCGGCUGAGCUCUCAACAUGGCUAGCCUGGUGAUCAACGAGACCGGAAUGGUGGACUGUGGGAUUGACGACUCCUUCAAGUACAACUUGUACUCUGCGGUUUACAGUGUGGUCUUUGUGUCGGGCCUGAUAACCAACUGUGCCGCCCUCUUUGUGUUCUGUUUCCGGAUGAAGAUGCAGAACGAGACCACGAUGUUUAUGACCAACUUAGCAUUAUCUGAUUUAGUGUUUGUUUUCACGUUGCCGUUCAAGGUCUUCUACAACGUGAACCGCAACUGGCCUUUUGGAGAUGGACUGUGUAAGGUUUCGGGAACGGCCUUCAUCACCAACAUCUAUGGCAGCAUGCUCUUCCUCACCUGCAUCAGCGUGGACCGCUUCCUGGCGAUAGUCUAUCCGUUCCGUUCACGCGCCAUCCGCACGCGGAGGAACGCGGCGCUGAUGUGCGCCGCCGUAUGGCUCACCAUCGUGGGAGGGGGCAUUUCGGUGACCUUCUUCUCUACCAUCAACAGCCGACACAAAGCCACCACAUGCUUCGAGGGCUUUUCCAAGAACACCUGGAAGACCUACCUGUCUAAAAUCACCAUUUUCAUCGAGAUUGUUGGUUUCCUCCUCCCGCUCUUGGUUAAUUUAAUAUGCUCCUCGCUGGUUCUGCGGACGCUGCGUCGCCCCGUGACUGCUGGUCACGGCUGUGACAGUAAGAAACGCGUCCUGCGGAUGAUCCUUGUCCAUCUUGGCAUCUUCAUCAUCUGCUUCGUCCCUUACAACUCUAUCCUCUUCCUGUAUGCCCUGGUGCGAACCCAGGCCCUGGCUAACUGCACUGUGGAGCGCUUUGUCCGAACACUUUACCCCAUCACUCUAUGUCUGGCCAGUCUCAACUGCUGCCUGGAUCCUGUGGUGUACUACUUCACCUCGGAGAGCUUCCAGAAGAGCCUGACCAUGGGAAGCAAAGGGUCUGGUUCUCGGCCUGAGAGCAUGCCCCGCAGUGACACGGAGACUCAGGACACAGCGACCGCUGUCCCGAGCGACACCCACACUCUGACCAGCAACGGAAAAGAGACAAAGAUCACUGAAAUUCAAUUGUGACUCAAGAAAGAAGGAGAAGAAGGACAGGAUGGGUUUGACUGCAACUCCUGAAUUUGACAAAUAUAACAAUCACUUGUUUGGUCCUGAAAAUGGAAAACACAUAACUCACCAGAUUAGUUAAGUCCUGAGGCAUGGCCUGGGCUUUAUGGAUUAACCCGGCACCGGAGAACAGAGGAAUGUAUCUGUGGUUUUUAUGAGCGAUCGCUACAGGGACCAGAGACCCAACUACACUGGGACUAUUGCAAUAGUCCCGAGACUCAAAGUGGGUCUAAAAGAGACUCUGACAUGUCAUUGAUCAAACAUAAGACAUGCACACUUCCACUGGACUCUGAAGAAGAUGAUGUCCACCCACAUGCUGUUUAGUACUUGUGUAACACAACAGUUCCUUAAGUAUUAUUGUUAUAAAGCUCAAGCUUUCACAGUGCAUUAUAUCACUGUGGUGUGUUACUAGUAAUGCUACUGUGUAACACAGCAUUGUGUUGACCUGCUGAGUCAAAUGUAUCUCAUCAUGUUGAAGACUGAGGCCAGUAAAUGUCUGUUUUUGAA